GUGUACAUAGAAAACCACGGGGACAGAGCGUAAAUUCGCAAUUUGCAACCUCUUUCUCAAGCGACUGUUGGCUUUGUCAGCAAUGAAUCAGAACUUGGCCUCCAUCGCAAGAAGAGUCAUAAAUCUCCGUAAAAACCCAUCUUCGGAUUGGCGUUUCUACUGCUCACCGUCCUCCGGCAACAACAACAGGCUCUUCGUCGGCGGUUUGUCCUGGUCGGUGGACGAGAAGACAUUGAAUGAUGCUUUCUCUUCUUACGGGGAUGUCACUCAAGUGAGGAUAAUGUAUGACAAAGACACUGGGAGAUCAAGGGGCUUUGGUUUUGUAUAUUUUUCAAAAGACGAAGAGGCCAAAUCUGCGAAAGAGGCAAUGGAUGGGAAGGCAUUUUUAGGUCGACCAUUGCGUAUAAGUUUUGCUCUUGAAAAAGUUCGCGGAGUGCCAGUUGUAGUCCCGCGCCUUUCAAACGCCAGCGAUAUCACCAACCGGAACAAGUAAACUCAUUUGGCCAGGUCAGACUUGAUCACUAGAUAUAGUUCAUUUCCAGUUAAAUUAAAGCAAAAUUUGUACGUUGAGAUGCUGCAGUCACUUCUCUUGAACACUGGAUGUAAGGUAGUGUCAAAAUGAUGGUCCAUGGCUGCAUUUCUCUUGCCCGUGUAAGAAUUAUUUUGACACAAUAUAUGAUCCUAUUUAUUUUAUAAAAUAACAAA